AUGUCUUUCUUCUUUCUUAUUCUUUCUCUAUUUUUGUUAUUAUUUCUUAUAAAUUUCUUUCACAACAUUCAUUUGUCUCUUUCUCUCUCUCACCCUCUCUCUCUCUUUCUCUCACCCUCUUUCUCUAUCUCUUUCUAUCUCGCUCUCUUUCUCAUUUUCUCAUCCUCUCUUGUUCCUCAUUCUCUCAUCGUCUCAAUGUCUUUCUUCUUUCUCAUUCUUUCUCUGUUUUUGUUAAUUCUUGUAAAUUUCCUUCUCAAUCUUCAUCUGCCGUCUGUCUCUUUUUCUCCCUCUUUCUCUCUCUCUCUCUCUCUCUCACACACACACACACACACACACACACUGUCGUCUUUCUCUCAUCCUUUUGACAUCUUUCCCUGUUUCUUGUUAUGUCUUGAAAAUUUCACUCACCCUUUUUUUUCAUCUCCAAUCUCUCUUUCUCUAUCAGUCAUUGGUCUUUUCUUCCUCCUCUCUUUCUCUAUCAGUCAUUGCCCUUUUCUUUCUUCUCUCUUUCUCUAUCGGUCAUUGUUCGCUGCAGUCUCUAUCGUUGCUUUCUCUUCUACAAGUGCUUGUAGCUUUCAGUUUUGA